CUGUGUAUGAUGUUCCGGCAGGGAGGUGUGGUUGUAGAAAGUGCGGGGGUGUUGCGGGAAAGAGAGGGAGGCAGGAUGGGUUGUGGCAAGCAGGUUGAGGCUUGCGUCGAUGCCGCAGAUAGUAGGGAUUUGCGAGAGCUGAGAGGUAGCGGAGUGGGCAAGCAAGUUGGGGCUUUCCUUUCGGAGAGAGAAACAGGGGCAGCGGCUGUUGGUGGUGGUUUGAGGAGAUGAAGUGGCGGUGGUGCAGGUUGGUGGCAGAUUGAAGACUGGCAGCAGGGUUUCAAAACUCGGAACCGGUAAUUGAAUCGGCUGAAAUUGACAAGAAUUGGCCAGAAAUCAACAGGAGUUGUUGUGAAUCCACCGGAUCGGUCAGUGCCGAUUCCCAUAUAAAUCGGUUGUAUUCGAUUCUGGUUUUUGAAAUCAUAAGUGGCAGAGAUGGGUUUGGAUUUUUUGGACACAGACAUGAGGAUUGCCAUAUUCAAGGCUCUGAUACAAUUUAUGGAGGAAAAUGAAAAGGAUGUCAUUGUCCCUCAAGUUAGCUUUGGUGGAUUUGACAGAAACGUCACAGCACGAGGCCUCACGGAUUUCAUAGAACAUGAAAUUGGAAUGGUAUGGAGGUGCAGGCUGAAGACAUCUUGGACACCUCCGGGGUCCAACCCAGACUAUAACAUCACAGACAUGGAGGCAGUUAAAAAAGAAGAUGACUACGAGAAGGUGGUACCUCACGCCUUCGUGCAUUUUGUAUCUCAUGCAGCAAGAAUGGAAGCACACAAUGCUGAGCUUUUUCUGAACCAUCACCCUCUGAAGGUGAGUUUGGGACCUGAGAGCCCAUUUCACAUUAAUCAGAGGAGGAGGAAAAUAUGUCCUUUCAAGAUUCCAGCCUGUGUUGAGAUUGGUUCUCUUGUUAGCCCAAUUGAACUCCGAGUUGGCUGGAAAGGACCCACUUCUGGAGUUUACUUCCUUGUUGAUCCUUUUGAUGCGACCUGCAAGAUCCAAUUUUCAAUGGAUACUGCUUUCUUAUUCAAAGGCACAAGGAGCCAUGCAGUGAUAAAGUGUGACUUCAAUGUGGAGUUUUUGGUAAGAAACAUCAGUUACUUCAGAGAAUAUACAGACCUAUAUUCUAAAGUAAUUUUGCUGCAGCUUGAGUCAUCUCCUCAUCUCUACUAUAGAACUGCUGAUGAUGACAUCUAUGACACAUUUCCAUCUGAUAUGUUGGAUGAUGAGGAUCCUUGGAUCAGGACUACAGACUUCACACCUAGCAGAGUGAUCGGCAGGUGCAGCUCUUAUAGGAUCUCGGUCCCAGCCCGUUUUGGAUUGAGAUUGGAGAAGGCCGUGAAUUAUCUAAGAGAACAGAGGGUACCGGAAUAUCCUAGACAGCGGCUAAGAAUCCAAGAUGAACCCAAUUUUGAGAUGCAAAUGUCAAAUCACUUCUUCUGUGUUCAGCACAAGGAUGGAAUUAGCUUUGAUAUAAUGUUUUUGGUUAAUGCUGUUCUUCAUAAGGGUAUCAUCAACCAACACUUGUUGUCUGAUGAGUUCUUCGAAUUACUAAGAAGUCAGCCAAGGGAAGUGAAUAUUACUGCAUUAACGCAUAUAUACUCUUUUGGGGAUCCAAUAUUCAACCCAUGCAAGAGACUAGAAGCUGUCCAAGAAUGGUCGAAGAAGAACCCUAAACUUCUCAUGAGCAGUAGGGGUUUGGGUGAUAAUGUUGAAGUGAGGAGGAUAGUUAUAACUCCAACCAAAGCUUACUGUCUUUUACCUGAGGUGGAACGUUCUAACCGGGUUCUCAGGAAAUACAAAGAAAAAGCUGAUAGGUUCUUAAGGGUAGCCUUUAUGGAUGAAGGAUUUCAGCAGCUGAAUUUUAGUGUUCUGUCCUUUGGCGUUGCUCCUAUUGUGAGGGACAUCACAUCAAAGUUCUACAAGCAGAAAACCACAAUUUAUCAGAGGAUAAAAACCAUUAUGAAUAAAGGGUUUUAUUUGUGUGGUCGGAAGUAUUCCUUUCUGGCCUAUUCAUCUAAUCAAUUGAGAGACUGUUCUGCCUGGUUUUUUGCCGAAGAUGAAGAUGUGAGGGUGAUAGAUAUCCUGAAUUGGAUGGGGAAGUUCACCGAUAGGAAUGUUGCAAAGUGUGCAGCUAGGAUGGGUCAGUGUUUCUCAUCCACCUAUGCCACAGUUGAUGUUCCACAAGAGGAGGUCAACAUGGACCUUCCAGAUAUAAAGAGAAAUAAUUAUGUCUUUUCUGAUGGCAUUGGCAUAAUAACUCCUCAACUAGCAAUGGAAGUUGCGGAGAAAUUGCGACUUACAGUUGAUCCUCCUCCUUCUGCCUUUCAGAUCAGGUAUGCUGGUUGCAAGGGAGUAGUCACCUGUUGGCCUGCAAGAAAAAAUAAUGGGAUCCUCCUCUCACUUAGACGAAGCAUGAAUAAAUUUGUGUCUACGCACACAACCCUGGAGGUCAUAUCAUGGACUCGGUUCCAACCAGGGUUCUUAAACAGGCAGAUUAUAACUCUGCUUUCUGCCUUGGGUGUCCCGGAUGACACGUUCUCAAGAAUGCAAAAUGAUAUGGUUUCUAAACUAAGCCAGAUACUGGACAACAGUGAUGUGGCUUUUGAUGUCCUUAUCUCAUCAUGUGGUGAGCAAGGAAAUACUGCAGCGAUUCUGCUGAGUGCCGGUUUCAAGCCUCAGACAGAACCUCAUCUUAGAGGGAUGUUAUCUUGCAUAAGAGCAGCCCAGAUGGGAGAUCUACUUGAGAGGGCUAGGAUUUUUGUUCCUAAAGGACGAUGGAUGAUUGGGUGCUUCGAUGAAUUAGGGGUACUUGAGCAUGGACAAUGUUUUAUCCAAGUCUCAACACCUUCACCCCAGAAUUAUUUUUCAAAACAUGGAUCCAGAUUUUCUCAGACGAAGAAUAUAGAAGUAAUCAAGGGCAUUGUAGUCAUGGUAAAAAAUCCUUGUCUGCAUCCAGGAGAUGUUCGGGUUCUGAAAGCUGUAGAUGUGCCUGGUUUACAUCAUCUUGUUGAUUGCUUGGUUUUCCCUCAAAAGGGUGAAAGGCCACAUACAAAUGAAGCAUCUGGUAGUGACCUUGAUGGGGAUCAGUACUUUGUGACUUGGGAGGAAACUCUCAUACCUCCAAGCAAAAAGAGCUGGCCACCGAUGGAUUAUGACUCUGUAAAAGCCAAAGAGUUGCAACGCCCCGUCAAUCGCCAGGACAGAAUAAAUUUUUUCAUGGAGUCCAUGGUGACUGCGCAACUUGGUAAAAUAUGCAAUGCUCAUGUGGUUCACGCAGACCAGAGUAAAGAUGGAGCCUUGGAUGGGAAAUGCAUCAAACUAGCAGAGCUUGCUGCAACAGCAGUGGAUUUCCCGAAAACUGGACAGCUUGUUAGCAUGCCCCACUCACUAAAACCAAAAAUUUAUCCAGACUUCAUGGGCAAGGAUGAGAACAUAUCAUACAGGUCGGAAAAGAUCUUGGGGAUACUAUAUCGCCAAAUCAUAGAUGCUCCCGAUAUAGAAAUGGCAGCAAAUUCAGAGCUGACAGCUGAAGACAUUCCUUUUGACCCAGAUCUUGAGGUUCCAGGUUUUGCAGGUUUCAUGAUGGAUGCCUGGAAUCAAAAGUGCACGUAUGAUGGGCACCUGAGUGCUCUUCUGGCCCAGUACAGAGUUAACCGGGAGGAAGAGGUGGUGACAGGACAUAUAUGGUCCAUGCCCGAGACCAAGAACCAACGGGAGAUGAAAGAUAGGCUCAAUGGUGCCUACAAUGUACUCAGGAAGGAGUUCAGACAUAUUUUUGAGAACAUGGGUAAUGACUUCCAGCAGCUCACUGAUGAUGCAAAGAAUUCCAUGUAUGAACAGAAGGCAUCAGCAUGGUACCAUGCGGCUUACCACCCUGAGUGGGUGAGGAAAACACAGGAAUUGAAGGACCAUAAAGUCAACGGCAACAAACCGGCAAUGCUUAGUUUUGCUUGGAUUGCUGUUGAUUUCUUGGCUCGAAUUAAGAUUAAAUGUCUAGAUGAUAACAUCGUUGUUGAUACCAGUAAGCCCAUCAGUAGGUACUCUGUUUUUCCCGUACUCUUGAUUGACUUGAACUGGCCAUAGGGAUUAGGGUUCGGUUGAAAGCAUGAUUUCGAACCAAAGCGGGGUCUAUUUUUUGGGUUCGAACCAGAUCUCACAUAUAUGAAAAAUCCAUUUUACCA